CUUAGCUACCGUACUAACGUAGUCGUAGAGACUGAUUUGAUUUGAUUUGAUUGAUUGAUGCUUGUCAUUUUUCAGUACAAAGUGUCAAGUGAGACCUAGAUCUACAUGUAUGAUGACUGAUCACUUCUUUGUGGCUUUAUUUACCUGUUCGGGAAGUAGAUUGUACGGUUGGGUACUCACUGUUGCAUUCGACGAGUGGUGAUGGCUUUGGUAUUUUACAUCUACGAACUACCGGCAAAAUUUUAGAGACAGAUACUUCCAAGGACUGAAAGAACUGGUACUCAAAUCAAAUGGUAAAAUGACCCCAUUUCAGACUCCUAUUUGACUUAUAUUAUAAGAGGAAAAUCCAUGGUACCCUACAAGUGUUUGGUCAAUUUUUGUGGUGGGGUAUUCAAAAGUUGCUCCAAAAAUCCUUGUGACAGAUAGUGAUCACAAGAGCUGUGAGAUUUGAGAUGUCUGUGUUCAGCUCCCUGAGCAGCGUACCAAAUGAGGAACCAGUCAAAAAGGCAACCAUCAAGCAGAGCCUUUGGUUCCAUGAACUUCAGAAAUCGUGCCAUCUCGCCUGGUCCGCACAAUGUCAACAUCCUUGAGCUACGACCGGGAAGGUGGCUUCGGAUCCAGCACAUCCUUGGCAAGCAUCAGCAAGGAGAUGAUGGAGAUUACUCACAAGGCGGGUCGUCGUCUGGGCAACCAAAUGGCAGCGGCCCUGCCCAGAGACACGUUUCAGAAGGGAGCACCACCAUGGAAACCAAAGAUUUAAAACAAGCCUCAAAUACUACCUCCAAUAGUCGUCUAAGAAAUCAUCUACCCUCGGGGAACAAUGAAAAUAUGCAUAACCAAAGCAACUCCAACACUACAGCAAAGAAAGAAAAUCAUCAGCCCCCAUCAGGAAAAGCAGAUGCGGGCAGCAGUAGCUCCUCGCACAGCAAGGUAGCCACAAAGCAAAGACAGAGUGUUCAGAGCAAAACAUCUGUGAAUUCGGAACAUGUGCGACGAAACAGACACACUUCCAAAUGGUCGAGUCAGGUGUCUCUCAUUUCGCUCAUGGAUGAACCGGGGACUGUGCUCUUCUUUCUUCAUGGGGUUGGAGGAUGUGCAGAGGUCUGGUACCACCAGCUGCAGUACUUCCAGGAGGCCGGCUUUGAGAUUGUGGUGCCGGACAUGCUUGGGCACGGCUUUAGCAGAGCUCCUAAGCAAACGGCCGCUUACAAGUUUGAGGAGUUGGCCGAAGACGUGCUCGCCAUCUUUGAUCGUUAUGCAAAGAAGCGAAAUGUUCUGAUUGGUCAUUCAUAUGGGGGAUCAUUCUGCACCUUGGUUGCUAAGGAGAGGUCGAGGAAGGUCACCAAGGUUGUUCUGAUUAGCAAUGGAGGUCCUAUCCCCCUUUCUCCUGAGCCCUGUCAUCUCUUCUGUCUUCCAUCCUGCUGUCUUGCUUGCAUAAAACCCAUCAUCAAUAGAACAUUUGCAAGACAAGCCUUUCAUACCAAAGCUGAACGCUCCGCUGUCGACUUGAGAAAUGCCUUUGACAUCCCAGCGUACGUGCUGCGAGCGACCAUGCAAGGGCAGUACUGGCAGGAAGGUGGGAGUGAUUACCAUUCCUCACUGUCAGUGGGUGUUCUUAUCAUUCAUGGUUGCGAGGAUGAGCUUGUGCCACAGAAAGAAUCAGAGACUAUGCAGGAGACUAUUUAUGCAUCACAACUGGAGUUGGUGGAAUCGGCUGGCCACAUGGUGAUGGUGGAACAGCCGCAGAAGGUCAACAAACUCCUCCAUGCAUUCAUACUGAAAGACAUGACCAUCAGUCUGGCUAUGCAACGGGGUCAUGUGACAAAUCACCUGACCAACCCACCAGAUGCAGCUGCCUUCCUGCCCUCACCUCUGCAGAGACACAAGACGGUGCCCAACUUCUCCAUCACUUGAUGGCACGAAACAGGAUAUCCAUUUCAUGUAUGUCGAGGGGUCAGUGACACAAAGACGUAACUCCAUUUGGGCCAUUUUGGGAAAAAGUGGUUUAUGUGUCACUGAGCAUGUGGGCCUUAAGGAGUGAAGUCUAGUAUGUUUCUGUUCCGGUAGCCAUUGACUUCAAUGGGGUGUUGGGUGGAAUUACUUCUUUGUGUUUCCUGGAAAGUCCACAUUUUACUGAACAUCUUGAUAUCAAAUACUCAUUUUGGCAAAAUAUGGAGUUACGUCUUUGUGUCACUGAACCCUCGAUGUGAAGUAUUUAGUAAAGAAUAAUUACGUUGCAUGUCUCCUUGAAUGUAUGAUCCAGUUACUCGUUUAUUGAUUUAAAGCCAUCUAUACAGUGGAAACUCAUUAUAACGAGGCUCUUGGGACCAAGGAAAUUACUUUGUUACAUGAGGGUAAAAAAACAAAAGAAUAUAAAGAGGUGGGACCAGCAGGCUCACCUUGAUCUAACAGAUACCUUGUUAUAUCAGAGCUCUUUGUACUGAGGUUCACUGUACUGUACUAGAAGCACUCUCGAUAAUUCCCCUCCAGCACCAUCUCAGGUCAGUUGUAGCAGUAUGGUUCCCUAACUCUAUGCUUCCCAAGCUGCGAUGUUGGUUCUCGCGUCAAGUCCUCUGUCUGCGAAGUGGGAAUUGGGUUACAUGCAGUUGGUAAGUUUACCACGAGAUGGUGCCGUGUUAUAAACAGUAUGCUAGUGCAAAAAGUUUAUCGGUUCAGUGUUGCUUUCAAGGGAACUUGUGGCACUAAGCAGACUAUGUAUGGCGCAUAUAUAUACGAUUAAUCCUUUAUCCACUAUGGGUUAAAAUCCUGCAGUAUUUGAAUACCAAAGUCACUUUUGUGUGAAAUCUCGUCUACAAAUCUUCCAAGGGUACUUUCACUCUCACGUAUAUGACAUCAUCAUGUUCUACAUGCAUGUAUGUAUUCUCAACUCUGUCCCAUGAAAUAUCUUUUUUUUUUCAGGCUGAAUGUAAGACUGUCUUAGUGUGCUUAGUUUAGUCCACGAGUGUAAAUUUUAGCAGAUGCAAAUAAGGUUCUUCCAAUCCGUUAAAAUAGAUACGAUUCGUCCGUCCAUCAGUCAAGGUAUCCGCAUGGUACUGCCCAAUAUAUGUCAUACCAAAGCCAUACAGGGCUGUCAUCAUGUAUGCGUAAUCAUACUGUUCAUGUUUAUGUUUUAUGAUUUCUACCAUUGUAUGGCUGCCUGACAUGUAUAAGUAGGUAAGACAAUCACGUUCUAACGGUUCUUAAAGGCAUUAUUUAACAAUGUUUCCAGGGUAACAAAUCUUAGAUGCAUGGCCCUAUAUGUUAUCAGUGUCUGUGAUAUGAUGUAAUACUGAACGCUUAUUGCGCUUAAAAUAAUCAUGAAAUGCCUCAAAAUAGAACCAACCGGCUUAAUUGUAAAAUUCAAGGGAUUCCUGACUGACCUAAAGGUUUAUAAUUAUGAUUGCAUCAUGAGCAAAAUCCAGGAUUUUGUUCAGAAUCUGACACAAAGAUGCCCAAUCCAUUUGAACCCAAUGCUAAUGAUUUGUAAAUAUUGUGGAAUCGGUGUUGAAUUUAUUCCUUUAUUUUGUUUUUAUGUAUAAAGGUACAUGUAGAUGCAGGAUAUUUGAAAAAGAAUUUUAUUUCACCUUUCAAUCUCUUUCACCUGUCCUUUGAGUUUCAUAAUUUUGCGUAAUAUACAUGUAACGAGAUAUGUAGAUAUAUACGUUUUAUCACCAGAGUCUAUCCACAUUUCUAGUAUAAAGAGAUCAUUUGCAAUUCUAUCAGAUACAUGUAUAUUUUUGUAAAUAAGAGUGCUCCAUUUGUCAUUUCUGUGUUCAGCCCUCAUAAGGGUUUCUCUCAUAAUACACGUAGGUCUAUUCAGAUAUUAGUAUCCAGGAAAGAAAAGAUCAUGUUUGGAUCGAAAUUAAACAUAUUGAAAUAAUGAUACGUGUACUGGUACAUAUAUGCAAAUCUAAGAAGAAGCAAUGAAAUUAAAAGUAUAUUCAAAGUGCCUUUGUCAUCAGAUAAAUAGCAGAUUAUUAAAGAAAAUCAACUCUAAUUUUAUAGAAACUUCCCAAAAUAUAAUUCUAUGUACACCUGUAUAUGUAUUAUGUGUUAAUUAUAGUCAAAGCAAAUGAUAAAUUGCUGUGAUAUGUGUCAUGGAACAAUACAAACACAUUUCUUGUGAAAAGAAACGACAAAUUUCUUGAUUUAAAGAUAAAGUUGAGUUCUGGUCAUGCGAUUGCAUUGUGAAAGAAACGUGUGGAAUCGAUCAGAAAAGGUUGAUCAUCUAGCAUACAAGUAUUGGUGUGUACUGCAAGAUACUGGGAUCAUCAAAAUGAUAAGAAAUUCUGCCCAUUCUAGGUACAGAUACAAGCACUUUUCACAGAAAGAUGUAUAUUGGGCUACACGAACAUGUGGCAUAAAAAUCUGUCCCUGAUUUUUAUUAUGUUACAUGCCAUAUCUAGAAUAUUAGGGCAUUUGAAGAGUCGUGCUUUUCAGGAACAUUUUUAUCUCAUGUUCUUCCACACUUGCACAAUACAAUGAUAAUGCUCAAAAUUUAUUUUUCACCUCUUCCCAGAACUCAACCUUUUCUUGAAACCACUUGACUGCGACACCCAUUUUGGACAAUAUUCAGAACCAUAUUAAACAGCCAUAAGUCAAAUAGAAAGACGUGAUAAUUGAUCAAUUUAUAGUUACAAUUAAUGCAAUACUAGUGUGUUCAAUAUGCACUGUAUUGUAAAGUAACACAAAAUUUAUUUUUUGUGGGUGUAAACAUGAACGUAAUAGUAAUAGCAUUCAAGCAAGACAAGCUUUCAAUUUUCUUCUUUUUUUUCUUUUUUUUUAACUCCUUUAUAUACCGGUAGAGAAGAAUACAUGUAUAAUUUGUAAUGAUUUUUCUGAUUGUUUAUUUAAACCUUAUAGGUAGGAUAUAUCUAUUCCGUCUCUAGAAAAACAAAGCAAAAUUAAGGGAAAAUGCAACUACUCAGUACCCAGGUGAUAUCCAUUGUAAUACAAAAUGUCAGUUUUUUUUAUGUAUCAAUAAAUCAGGAAUGUAAACAAUUGUUUAUGUCUAACAUUCCGUCUCGUUUGAGGAAACACCAAACUAUUCAUUUAAAAAAUCAAAUUUAAAGAAGAAAAAAUACCCAAUACCUGAUGAGUAGUCAUCUCAUUUCCACUUCUUUGUGUUGUAUAUACAUUGUAUCUCAUAUAAAAUGCUGAAGUGAAUCAAAUGGGUAGUACAAAUUAGUUAACUUUGUAUGUAUUCGGCAUGUACUUUAUUGUGUCAUGAUUCUGUUCUUCUGUUUUAAGCCUUGGUAAUGAUAAAACCAUCACCCUACACUUUUACCUGUAUAAUUAUCAUUAAUGUAACAGGAGUAAGUUUAUCAUUUCAUUGAGAAUUCAUUCAACAUGAUUUGUGUUGCCAUAUUUUACUGUACAAGUACCUUGAAGUAAUGUGUGCUAGAUGUGGAGUUUCCACACUACUUCCCCAAACCGUCCAAAUACUAGUAUGCUCACUCACCUUGAAAAUCAAAAGUGUGUACCAUUUGUAUGUAGUUUAUUUAUCAUGUAAAUAUGUCAUUGCAUUAAAACAAAAUGUCUUUUUUAAAGUUA